GCUUUUCGAAGGUCGCGAGUUUUCUGGGCGUCAUAACGAAGUGCUGCAGAAAUUUCCAAGGAGCCAUUGAAUCAUCUGCUUAUAGCCUUCUCUAACCAACAAGUGGUAUCAGAGCCCAUUAUCACGCAUUUGGGACCUAAAAUACGAUGGGAGAUAAGGAGGACUCUGGUGGAGGUGAUACUUCAGUCCAAGGAGGCAGCUCAACCCAAGAUUCUGGCAUUGCAGCGCAAAGAGGAGCGCAUAGAAGCCAGGGGUCACUGCUUAAGGAGGUGCUGAAGAGCUUCACCAUUGAGAAGUUCUCUGGAGAUGGCUAUGACGAUUGGGCAUGGAAGAUGCAGCUCUACUUUCGACAAAUUGGCCUCUUGAAGCUCAUGAUUGGAACGGAGCCAAGGCCAAAGGAAAUGGCAGAGCAAGCGGACUGGGAUGAACGUUCAUCUGCUGGGUAUUAUCUACUGUCACACAGCUUGGAGCUGAACCAGAGGCAUCACAUCAUGCAUCUGCUACCGGAAAUUGAUUGUGGGCCCAAGGCAUGGGCAGUGCUCAAGGACCUGCACGCUCCGACAUCGGUUGCGGCUUCUCUCAUGCUGGAUGGGGAGCUGUCCAUGCUGCGGUUGAGCGAGAAUGAACCUGUGCAGCCCGUACUGGACAAGAUGAGGGAACUCUACGCGAAAUUGGCGAUUGCAGGCAUCACGUAUCCUGAGCAGACUAAGUGUCUCAAGAUGCUCAGCCUGGUGCCCGAGUCUUGGCUGCAAUUUAUAAGCGGACUCAGCUUGCCACAAAACCAAAGUCAAUGGACAUUGGACUGGAUUCGCACCAAGAUUCUGGAAGAAGAUUUUCGUCGCUAUACACUGCGCGGAGGUGAUGACAGCACCAGCGGCUAUGCCAUGCAAGGGACAUGGAGGGAUCAAGGGCGUGGCAAUCGCGGUCGCUCCUACUACAACCAAGCAUCCGGACAUGCAGUGAAGGUCGCUGGAGUUGGUCGAGCUGCAUUCAGAGCACCUGAUGGUGGACUGGUCGUGCUUAAGGACGUGUUACUCGUACCGGGGCUGAAGGCCAAUCUGAUAUCGCUGCGCAAGCUAGGCCAGGCCGGAGUCAGCACCACCACCAAUGGAUCCAAAACAUUCAAGGGGCUGCGAGGAGAUCGUGUGUUAUGGGAUUUACACGAAAGCAGAGAUGUCUUCAGAUCCAUGUGGCAGAUCCCUGCACUGAUAUGGGAAUCAACAAAGAAGGAAUUGGGAGAAGUAAAGGCUGGAUCUGGAGUCCAGGGGGAGUGCAAUGCAGUUAGUGCUGCAGGAGUGACGGUUUCUGCAAGGUCGGGGGAGACUGAUUGGGAAACCGCACACAGGCGUCUAGGGCAUGUGGCUAUGCCAUUGCUGCAGCAACUGCAUAAGGAAGAAGCAGUAAAGGGGCUGAAGCUUUCUGGGCAACCAAAUGAUACCAAGUGCGUGACGUGUCUGCUGAGCAAGUUCACACGGUUCCCCUUUUACGACAUAGCUGGGAAAAGCAAGGCAGCACUGGAACUGGUGCAUAUGGACCUGGUAGGACCUUUUCCAUUUCGAGGAAGUAAGGGGGAAAGGUACUUCCUGACAAUAGUUGAUGACUGGAGUCGGCUGAUGUGGGCAUACCCGUUGAAGCAGAAGGAUCAUGCUGCCUCAACAAUACGAGAUGACUGGCUGCCGUUCGUCGAGCGACAAUCUGGGCACCCAUGCAAGAGCAUCAGAACCGACCGAGGUGGAGAGUUUCUAGGAGGAGAUCUGACUGCGUGGCUCAAGAAACAAGGCAUUGAGCAUCAGCUAACGACGUCCUAUACCCCUCAGUCAAAUGGCGUUGCUGAGAGGGCUAAUAGGACCAUCCUGGAAACUGCGCGAGCGCUGCUGAUCGAAUCAGGGCUGGGGAACUCCAUGUGGCCUCAUGCGGUGAGGCAUGCUACAGUGGCAAGGAACCGCGUACUCACAAAGGUGGCUGAUGAUAUGUGGGUGCCGCUGGAGAGGUGGCUUGGAAAGAAGCCUCCAGUGGACAUGCUCAGAGUGUUCGGAUGCAUGGCAGUGGCGCAUGUCCCUAAACCGUACAGGACAAAGCUUGGAGCAUCUGCACUGUGGUGUGUGCACCUUGGACUUGCGGCAGAGAGCAAGGGGUGGCUACUCCGGGAGCCCUCGAAGAAUGUGCUGUUUGACAGUCGGGAUGUCAAAUUUGUGGAGAACAUCAUGUAUGGCAAGUGGGAGAAGCAGCCGGAGGCAAGGGUCACCCAGCAGCUGGAAGAGAUCACUAUGCACUUCGAUUUGUCCGAACCUGAGGACAGCGAAGUCACUGCGCCAACGGCAAGCGGUACUGAUGAAGGAAGCAAUGAGGAUAUUGCAGCUGAUGCUGAAGUCAAGGAUCCGGAGCAGCAGCAGCAAGAGGCUUCCAAAACACCAAGUCUGCCAAAGCGAAGGAAACAGAUUGGUGGGGGGACAAAGGAUUGGGUGAAGGUGAAAGAAUGGGUAAAUCCAACCAUCUACCCUGCACGUACCAGAAUGGCAACGAGAAAGCUGCUGAGCUCUACAAGUGGAGGAGCCACAACUGAGCAGCAGGAACAGGCUCAAGGCGAAGAUGCAGUGCUGUUCUUGGGUGAUGACCAAGAGUCAGAUGACGAGGAGCCUGCAUACUGCUUUUACGCACCAAUACAACCUCCGAGCAUGGAUCAUGCGCUAGCCGAGCCUCAACGGGGGAAGUGGCUCGUUUCAAGAGAUGCAGAGUACAACAGCCAGAUGGAGAAUCACACAUGGGACCUGGUGUACUUGCCAAAUGGGAAGAAGGCAAUACAGUGCAAGUGGCUGGCAAAAAUCAAGACGGAUGAGAAAGGAGAGCCAUCAGUUUACAAGAGCAGGCUGGUGGCAAAGGGGUUUCAGCAGAAAGAGAAAGAAGAUUACAAAGAAGUGUUUGCCCCAACUGCUAAGUCUCCAACGCUGCGUGUGCUGCUGGCGGUAGCUGCUGUGCGCAAAUGGAAGGUGAAGCAGAUGGACAUCGUAACCGCUUUUCUGUACGGCAUUGUGGAAGAGGAGGUGUACAUGGUUCAACCACCUGGCUAUGAGGAUGGAACCGGUCGUGUCUGCAAACUUAACAAGGCCAUCUAUGGCUUGAAACAGGCCCCGAGAUGCUGGUACAACAGGCUGGCCAGUGCACUGGAAGGGAUUGGAUUCCGUGCGAGUGCAUGCGACGAGAGCCUAUUCCUGAUGGGCGAGGGGGAGUCGCUUGUGCUUCUGCUGGUGUACGUGGAUGACAUCCUGCUCUUCAGCAGCAGUGACAAGGAGAUCGAUGGGGUGCAGCGGAAGCUCACAGAGCAGUUCAAGUGCAAGUCACUUGGAAAGGCAAGGUACUACCUGGGAAUGCACAUUGAGCGGGAUACUGAACGUGGCUGGCUCAAGCUGCAUCAGGGACAGUACAUCAAUACCUUGGCUGAGAAGUACUCUCUGCAGGAAGAACGGGAAGUGGUCACACCUUUGCCUUCCGAGUUCAAACUCAUAAAGGCAGCUGAAGGAGAAGGAGUUGAGAGUGAAGACCAGAGGCAAUUCCAAUCCAUGGUCGGGAGCCUACUCUACGCUGCUGUGCAUACUCGGCCUGACAUCAGCUUUGCUGUGGGACAGCUGGCUCGAGUAGUGCAAAAUCCAACAGAAGAGCAGUGUGGUGCAGCGGAGAGAGUGGUGCGCUACCUCAAGUCAUACCCUACAGUGGGAGUACAGUAUUCAGCCUCUGCUCAACUCAGGCAAAAAGGAGUUGAAGUCCUUCAAGAGAAGGGGGAGCAGCUCGGAGAAGGAAAGGUGUUCCUUUCCUGUUUUGCUGAUGCCACGUGGGCUUCUGAGCAUGAGGAUUCAUCAUCAGUUGGUGGAUACAUCUGCAUGGUGGGAGGUGGGCCUGUAAGUUGGAGGUCCAAGAAGCAGUCUGAAACGGCACUAUCUUCAGUGGAAUCUGAGUACAUGGCAAUGUUUCAUGCGGCAAAAGAAAUCAUUUGGCUAAGGAGGCUCUUGAAGGAGAUCGGCCAUGAACAGACUUGUGCGACACCUCUGUUCAGUGACAGCAAGGCAGCCAUUGCCAUGGCACGCAAUGCAGUUCUUCAUGGGUUGAACAAGCACAUGAGGAUCAAGUGGCAUUGGCUGUGGAAGGAGGUGAAGCUUGGGACACUGGAUCCGAUCUACGUGAAAACUCAGCAACAGCCAGCCGACUUCCUUACCAAGCGGCUAGCUGAAGAGCCACACUGGCGCUGUGCGAGGAUGGCGGGAAUGUCCUUGAACUAGAGACGGCGAAACAAGCCGACAGUCUGAGGGGGAGUGUGUUGGUGCAUAUUCGUUUGCACGUCAUCCUGUCGUCUGUUCGCAUCAUUUCGUUGCAUCUGUUUUGUGUGCUACAUUGUUUGUAUGGUUUGUUGGGUUUGCAUGUCUUUGCAUGUUCGUCUUGUGCUUGUGCAGAUGUGCUUGGAUUGUGCAUGACAUCGAGCACAUUCCAACGAGCCAAGAAUUGUUGGAAUCGGAGCACAUAUGAAGAAGUUACGAAGAAAUGUUUGAUGGAUUUGUUACAACUCAUUGGAAGUCCUUGUCAGCUGCUACACCAAAGUUGGAGAGCCCUAUAACGAGGAGGGACCAGCAUGUGUGGGACUUUUGUCCCCACCCUGCAGCUGCAGCAUUUGGGGUUUGGAGGCCAACCUGGUACAGUGUGAAUUUUGUCUUGCCAGGCUGGCUGAACCUGAGGAUGGGGAGUCAAGACUUUGACUCUUGUCAUGUUCUUGACCAUGGGCCUCCAGGGUCCUUCCCUUUCAUCCUUCCCUUCCAUCCCUACCUUCCAACUGUGCUUCAAUGCCUUUUCUAUCAUGCCUCUGAACUUGUAAGCUUCAAUUAUUGUGACUCUGAGGAUUGUCAAC